AUGAAAAACCCGGCGGAGAGGACAAAACUGCUGUGGUGCGAAGAAAUAAUAAGCCACAUCAGGGCAGGGAAAGGCCCCAUUUGCAAAGAAAAAAUUUCUCGGACAGACAGAUUCAAUCAAGAGGAAGAAUCAGCACCAAGAAGGAGAAGAAGUAAAAGGGAUUGCCUACACUUCGAACGUAACUGUGUUAAGCAUAUUUAUAAGAAUUGCUUCCUCCUGCAUAAAUUGCUUCGUUAUAAAGCGCAUGUUGCACGACGUAAAAGGGUUAAUAGACAUACCCCAUUAGCCCAAAUUGCACAUGUCACAAAUGGAGGAAGCACCACGCGUGAUAUUGCCCUGAAGGAUGAAAUGCUGAGAAGACCAUCCAGGGGCAUGUCUACAAGAGGACAUAAAUACACAGCAGAUUUGAUUUUAACGCAGACCAUCGUCCUAACCCUGUUCGAACCUUCCUUGUUAAAAAUUUCUUUAAAAUAUUUUAACCUCUUAACCGCGUCGAUAGUGAAUCAGAUAUUUCAGGAGGCGCUACACUUGGCCAGUUACAACUGUGUCGAAGGGGGGGACCAGAAUGAAAGAAAAAACGGAGACUUCCUAGGUACUCUUAAUUUAGCCGGAACAGGGAGAGAGACCCCAUUUGACGGAGGUGACACCCCCCCCGUUCUGCACAUUUACAAUCUUAUUCAGAAGUAUGACAUAAAUGUGGAAUUUUAUUUCUGCAUGAUAUGUAUGAAUAGCAUACUGUUUAGCAAGGAUUCAUUUUUCAAAAGUGCGAUAGAUUAUUUUUUUAAGGAGGUGUUUCCAAAAUCUGCUCACUGUUAUGGGUAUUUCGACGCGAUCGUAUCGAGGUACUUGAAGGAGCAGGAUUCCCCACAGGUGGAGGGGAUAAAUGUCAGUGACGUUGAGGGCAUUCCCAGGAGCUCUAUGAGGUGUCCAUCAUUUAGUACUUCUACCCAUUAUUGCGUCCAAAUGCUGCUCCUUUUUUGCCACCUGAGCUUGGAGAAGACGUUGGACAGAAUGUACCUGAAUCUGUUGCCGGCGAUUUUAAAAUGCAAAAAGAGGAACCCAUUUUUUGAGGAUUUAAUUUAUCUGAUUUAUUUGCACUAUCAUAAAAUUGGGCGGACUGUCUUUGUAGAGGAAAUUGUGACCAAUCAGCUGGUUAGAAAGAAUGAUGUCACGCGUGAUGAGGGUUCCCCCCUAUUUAACUGCUCCAUUGGGAGUACACAUAACCGUGAAGUGGUUCAUGACGCAUCACGCGAUAUACGACGCGUCUUACUAAAGCACCGAUACAACGUGCACAACUUGGAUUACCUGCACGUGGAAAAUUUUCGAGUGAACAGAGAAGAAAAUGCCUGUGUCAAAUUUUGCGUGGACAUCGAAUCGGUGGUAUAUCCAUCUUUCUGCGUCAGAGGGAGAGAAUUGAAGAGGGAGAAGACAGAAGGAAGAACCAAGUUUAUCCUGACCAGCAGGCUGAAGAGCAUAAUCGAAAUGGUGGUGACAAACAUCUAUGACAACAGACCAACCAUCCUGAUAGGAACUCAAGGUUCUGGAAAAACGUCCCUAAUAAAUUAUAUACAUGAAAAAAUAUAUGAAAAUGAAAAUGCGAAGAAAGGAAAGGUCAUAAGUUUAUACCUUGACGACGUGGUAGAUUCUAAGUCCAUUUUAGGCAUUUGGGAAAGCAAUGAGAAACGCUUCGAAUUUAAGUUUGGCGUACUGGCCAAAGCUAUGAUGAAUGGAAACUGGAUCGUUUUUGAAAAUGUGAAUAACAUUUCCAGCAGUGUGGUAGAGAAGCUAUGCGAGCUCACUACCAAGGGGCACAUUUAUUUGUCCGAAAAGGGGGAGCACAUCUAUCCACAUAAGGACUUCCGCCUGUUCGCCACCAUCACGGUGGGGGACACUGUAGCAGGUGUUGGCAAUAUUAUCCAUGCUGGCAAUGUUGUUGGUGAUGACAAUGCUAAGGGCUGCUCGAACUGCCAACUGAGCGAGCUGGUCCGACUGAACCAGCGCCCAGGCCACCUAAGCAGCCUGUUCAACAAGUGGCACAGUGUACAUAUAGGAAGCUACACAGAAGAGGAAGUGGAAGAAAUUCUGUGCAAAAAAUUGAAGCGCGCAGUAAACGAAAACUACAGGACAGUAAUUCUUCGAAGCUACCACGGAGUGAAGACCCUGCUGGAGAAGUACCCCCUGCUCAGAAGCAUCAACCUGCAUGACUUGGUAAAAAUUAUCCAACGGGUUAAGAAAAGAAAAAUCUUCACGCACGAUAAUGAGAAAACGAGGGCCAUACUUUUCCAAACGUGCAAAUCGAUCCUCACGUCGCAUGUGCCAAAUGGAAACUUAAGGUCCCACUUUCAGAAAAAACUUCUUAAAAUAUUCGACCUACACGAAAAAACUGUCACCAAGUGGGUACAACUGCACACCCUUAAUGACUUCAUGGACCAUUUUAACGAAACGUUGCGAAACGAAAAGGGGAAAAUUUCCCUACAGUGUGAGAAAAUUACUAACCAAUCCUUCCUCCUAACAUCCGUGCAUAAAUCCAUUUUGUACGAAAUUAUCGAAGGGGUCCACAAUAAGGAAAGCAUACUCCUCAUAGGAGACACUGGAGUUGGAAAAACAGCCCUGGUGGAUUACGUUGCGAAAAUAUUUGGGAAAAAAUUACUCGUUUUUGUCUUCAGCGAACAGUCUGAAGCGUCAGAUCUGAUAGGAAAUUACUACCCAUUCAAUAUAAGCGUAAAGACGAAUGAAUUAUUCGAAGAAUUAAAAAAUUUGAAUUUUCAGGUUGGUAAGCAUCUAUGUCCGAAGGAGUUAGACAUGCUUUACCUCAAACUGAAGAUCCUUUUAAGUGAGAAGAAAUUUAUCACCUUUUUAAAUACCUGCCACAAUUUUGCCAAGUGUCUGGUCGAGAAAUUUGAAAAUGACACGAGCAUCUUUGAUAUGCGCGUUGUCAAGAAGUACAGAAUAUUUCAGCACGACUGUCAAGGUGUGAUCCAUUUUUGGAGAUCCGGUGGGGCGAAAUGUGUGACACUUAACCGGGAUGGUAACAACUCUCCUGCGUUGAAGCUCCAAUUUGAUAAGUUCUUCCCAAAGGAGGGACAACAAAAUGGACACCUUACCCCGAACAACUCGUGUGAAGUACCCCCAGAGGAGCAACAGCAGGAAGAAGAGUGCAACCUAAACGCGAAUGAGCUGAUUUUCAAAUUCCACGACGGAAUAUUGAUUGACUGCAUAAGAAAUGGUUACUGGCUACUGCUGGACGAAAUAAACCUCGCACAGACGGAAAUUUUGCAACGGUUGCAGGGGUUACUCGAUUUGUCCAACAAACACUUCGAUGUGGUGGAGAAAGGAAAUGAGCAGAUAAAAAUUCACCCCAACUUUCGUCUCUUCGCGUGUAUGAACCCGCCAAUUAUCCCGAAUUUGAAGAAGGGAAAAGGCAACCUGGGGGGGGAAGCAAACAACGGAAAGGUUAGCUCCCUCCACGAGGGUAAUCACGUCGAUACGGACCAGGUGGACGAUGAGGACCACCACAUCGACCUGUACAACAGUUCUGUAUCCUCAGGGAAGAAGGAACUACCACCCAUUUUACGGAACAAAUUUACAGAAAUUUUUGUGGACGAAAUAUUGCAGUAUGAGGACGUCGAAAUGGUUGUUAAACACUUACUUAGGGAGGUCACUUCCGAUGGAGAGUUGAUAAGAAACAUAACCAACUGCUAUCUUGAAGUAAAGAGGGAGAGUUUGAAAAAUAUGAAUGGAGCACAAAAUAAGCCCAUUUUUUUUUCCACGAGAAAUUUAGUAAGGGCAGUACAGUAUGCAAUCUACGUGCACAAAAGAAAAUUCAACCCAUUACCACUUAAUGCAGCUGUUAGAAAUGGGUUCGUGUGUAACUUCCUAAGCUCUGUCAGUGUGGAUAAUGAGAAACUAAUGGAUCAUAUUUUUAAUAAACACUUCAAAUGUGAUAAAGGGAAGAGUGCGCUACAGAGUGGAAAUCCCCAAAUGGAGAAAAGCAUGCAGAUUGAAAAAAACGGGGUGAUAAAUUAUGCCUUGUUAGAGAGCUACUAUCAGUAUAGACAUUUCGACACGAAAAAGGGAAUCUGCACAGAAAGAAGUGACCUCUCCUCCUUUGUAAAAAAUUCAAACGCUGCAAGGAGGGAAGAAGCACAAACAGAUGGGCAGGAGUAUCCCCCUGGAGGGGACAACCAAACGAAUGAACAUGUGGAGAAGUACGCUUGUGUAGAAAACAGCUGGAUCCUCUGCGGAAGGGAAGAAAUAAACCUCGUGAAUAUUUUGUCCAAUUUUAUAAUUACGAAAAAUGUGAAGGAAAAUAUCCGGAAGUUGGCGCUCUGUUUGAGUGGUUCCAAAACGCCGAUUUUAUUGGAGGGGAACACCUCUGUUGGAAAAACCUCCCUGGUGAAAUUCUUUGCAGACAUUACAGGGCACAAAUUUGUAAGGAUAAAUAAUCACAUGAACACAGAUAUAAAUGAGUACUUUGGGCAAUUUGUAAAUGACCCAAGUACCGGAAAUUUAAUAUUUGAAGAAGGCGUUUUUGUGAAGGCAGUACGAAAUGGCUACUGGGUUGUUUUAGAUGAACUGAACUUAGCACCAUCAGAAGUUUUAGAAUCCUUGAACAGAAUUUUAGAUGACAAUAAGGAAUUGUACAUCCCUGAAUUGAAGCGAUACGUUAAGGCGCAUAAAGACUUCAUGCUUUUUGCGACUCAAAAUCCAGCCAAUAAUAAUAACUACCUUGGAAGGAAAGAAUUAUCAAAAGCGUUUAGGAGCAGAUUCAUAGAAUUUUACAUUAACGAUUUUGAAGAAGGCGAGUUGGAAAUUAUUUUACACAGACGCUGUGCCAUAUCACCAAGUAUUGCCAAAAAAAUGAUACGUGUUUUUUCGCAACUGAAAAUUGUAAAAUCGAACUACAACUACUUUAAUGAUAAUUUAAUGACUUUGCGUGAUUUAAUAAAAUGGGGAAAUAGAUGUCCUAGGAGCAAUGCGGAUGCGUGUUUACAGGGGUACUACAUCAUUGCAGAGAAGCUAAGAAAUGAGAAGGAUCAACUGACCGUCAGAACUAUUCUGAGUGAAAACUUUUUACCGAAAGGGGAGCAAUUGAUCGUCAAGUACGAGGACGAUCAGGAUGUGCUUCAUCUGAAGGAACAUUUUUGGAGGAAAAUUUCACAAUUGAAUGGACACACACUAGUGCAGAGGAGCAUCAUCAAUACGGGGGAGCAACAUACCCCUGGGGAAAAGUCCCAAACAUUUUCCCACGACGACGUUGGGAGAGUGCACUAUCUGAAGAAUAUGCACUUGGGGAAAAGCACGAGCAGAAUAUUGUGCCUUCUGCUGAAAUGCUUCAAAUAUAAGGAAUCGGCCCUGCUGAUCGGAGAAACGGGGUGCGGAAAAACGACCUGUUGCGAAUUGCUAAGUUUUGUCAAAAAUCAAAAACUGAACAUUUUAAAUUGUAACGAAAGCACAGAUGUAUACGACAUUAUAGGUAGCUUAAAAUUGGUGAGAAAUAAAAAGGAAAAUUUUGAAAAAGUAAAAAAAAACUGCAUCGAAUUGUACAACGAAAUAUUGAGCCAGUAUGAGGACACAUUUGCAGCGAAUUACCUUAGCGGUAUAAUACACGACCAAAUUAGGGAGGUAAAAAAGGAAGACCUACUAAUAUUUACGCUAUAUCUACAGAAGAGGUACACCCUAAGCGAGUCCAUAAAGAACAAACUGCUCAAACUGGAAAUGUCCAUAAACAAUUUAAAGUCCAUUUUUACCUGGUUCGAUGGCAUUCUUGUUUCUUCUUUAAAAAAAGGAGAUAUUUUCCUGAUGGAUGAAAUUUCGCUAGUCGAAUCGGCGGUCAUAGAAAGACUAAACUCCGUGUUGGAAUAUGAGAGGACUUUAUUAUUAACAGAAAAAGGGGGGAAGGAUAUUCAAAAUGUGAAGGCGCACGAUGAGUUUUGCUUCAUAGGAACGAUGAAUCCAAGUGGAGAUUUUGGAAAAAAGGAAAUCUCACAAACAUUGAAAAAUAGGUUCACGGAAAUUUUUGUGCCACCUUUUGCGUACGACUCGGAGGAUUACUACUUUUUAAUCCUCAAGCAGAUGAAGUUUACCAAGGUGAGGAGGUUCAAAUGUGGGACGGCCGAUUGUCUGCGCCUCCUCUUUUAUCGAAUCGCACAAAAUAAAUCCUUCACAAAUGAGGUCGUCCUUUCGGUAAGGGACACCAUUAAAUGGAUCUCCUUCAUGAAUGUGUAUCUAACUAGACGGAAGGAGAUAUAUCUGCGUAAGGGGAUAAACCUAACGAAGAGCACCCUCAAACGGUAUAUUGUGAGAAGCUUUUUCCACAGUGGUUUCCUCAUACUGAUAGAUGGAAAAGAGGACGCCAAAACGAAAGCGGUUUUGAAGGAACUACUGCGGAGGAGCUUGCUAGAAUUGGCUUCGUCCAUUAACUGUAACGUGGCAAAUGAUGGGGCACAGAAAACUAGAGAACGUGCGAUGGUAGAAUCCCUUUUCAACCAAACGUACCAUUUCAAGUUUAAGAGAAAGUACCUCCAGGUGAACGACUUUCGAAUCAAAUUCAGGAGAAAACUUACAACCCCAUUUGAUCAGUUCUCGCAGAAUUGCCAAUUCGUUUUUGACACACCAAACAUUAAAAAGAAUUUAUUUAAAAUUGUGAGAGCAAUGCAGCUGGACAAUUCUAUCCUACUGGAGGGCUCUCCUGGGGUCGGGAAAACGUGCAUAAUUAACAUCCUGGCAAAAUUGACAAAUAAUAAAUUGAUCCGGAUUAAUCUAUCCGAGUGUACCGACAUUUACGACUUGAUAGGGUCCUACUUCCCCAUAAAGGAUGAGAAGAGAAAAGGCCCCCAAGGUGGGACCCAAGUUAAGGGAAACAACCGCGCAUUGCAUAACGGAGGGAAGGAGGAGCAAACACCUGAUGGAGGCAACACAGGAGAGCGCGAUAAUUCCCCAUUCCAAUACUUUUGGAAAGACGGAAAACUCAUCGAGUGCAUGAAGAAGGGCUAUUGGAUCCUUGUGGAUGAAAUAAAUUUAGCCAACCAACAAACCUUGGAGGGGAUCAACUCCAUUCUGGAUCACAGAAAAGAAAUAUUCAUCCCAGAAACGAACGAAACGGUUAAGAGCCAUCCGAAUUUUCGACUGUUCUGUUGUCAGAAUCCGUACAGCGAAGGCGGGGGGAGAAAGGGUCUCCCCAAAUCCUUCCUGAACAGAUUUUCCAAAAUAUAUUUUGAGGAACUGAACGAGGAAGACUACCUCUGCAUUGUAGAGAGGCUCUAUGGCAGCUGCAUCCCCAAGGAAGACAUACAAAAGAUUAUAAGUGUGGCCUUCGUGAUGAAAAAAAUAAAUCCCCUCCUUAGGAAUAGUGAAUGUUGGGUGUGGAAUCUCAGGGACAUUUUGCGAAUUUGCAAAUUUUUGCAGGCCAAUGGGGGAACCAGCUUUGUCCCAAUCUGUGAUAUGCUGGUGUGCAGCCGUCUCACGUGUGCCGAGGAUAGAGAAAUCGUGCGCUCCGUUAUAGCGAACGUGUACGGUGGUGCCGAAAUUAGGCGGGAUGAGUUUUUAAGAAGCCUCUCCGAAGCAACGUCCAGGGAGAACCUGAUCGCCCUUGUGAGGAGCACCGAGGUGAAGCACCUAAACGCCUUUUACACAAAUUUCUAUUACCACCAGGAUAAUCUAUGCACGGCAUGUGAAUGGAGAACUAAAUCAGACCCACUCAAAAUGGGAAAGAUACCAAGUCAAGUACAGCCAUCCACCUUUCUCUUAUCCAAAGACGAAAAAAUUUACUACGCAUGCGAAGCGGCCAUAAGGUUGAGUAUUCCCAUUCUGUUAAUUGGAAAAAAUAAUGGCGGAAAAUCCACCUUCGUUAACCAAUUGGCGCAUACAUUUGAGAAGAAGCUAUUCGAAUUUUCCCUAACAAAUGAUAUGGACACCUUCGACCUAUUCGGUUGCUACGAACACAACAGUCGAGAUAAUGUAAUAAAAAAAGUGGAAAGGAAAAUGCACAAUUUGAAUAAACUACUUUUGAGAAAUAUUUUGAAAAAAAAAAAUUUUAAAAAAUUUUACCACUCGUAUUUUACCAAAGGGGAAUUCCAACGUAAAAUCAAACGAAAGAAAAUUAACAUCAUGGUAAAAUUAAAUAAUUUAUCAGAGGAAUUCAUUAAUGCGUUGAGGAAGAGUGAUGUAUCUGAUGAGGACGCCUCGUCUGCUCAGAAGAACUACGUGCAUUUUGUGCAAAUGAGUAUGAAGACCACGACGGAAAUGCAGAAUAAGUGUAAUAGAAAAAGAAACCGUAUUGAAAAAGCCCUCCUAGACAUAACCCACCUUUUUGAAACCAUUAGGAAGAACCACAUUAACGAAAAUGUGUACAUUUACAAUGAGGGGAAUUUUAUUAAAUCGAUCAGGAAGGGACAUUGGGUUCUUGUUAAGCAUGUGCACCUUUCAACCCCCUCCCUCUUGGACAGACUGAAUAGUCUGUUUGAAGAAAACGGAUACAUGCUUUUACACGAAUUCGGAAAGAAGAAAAAAAUCAAGCCUCACAGAAAUUUCCAGAUCUUUUUAACCUUAAAUUCGGAGGAACAUUACAAAAUUAGUAAAGCGUUGCGAAACCGCUGUUUUGAGAUUUACUUUGGGGGGCCCUCUUGUGAGUAUGUCGGCAACGCCGUAAAUUUGCAUGACCAAUCCGGGGGAAGCGUUUUUGCCACAGGUGAUCCAUCGUCCUUCCGAAGAACUGAUACGGUUGAACAGACUAAUGAGGAGGCACGAUCGGUAUGUAGCGCUAACGGUGAAGCCGGCACUUUUGAGGGGAACAAUACGCACGAUGAGCAGAGUACUACCCCUGAUAGCAGCUUCGUCAUGCGUGUGGCGAAUAUUUGCUUUAGCGGGGUGAAAGGUUGCCGGUUAGAGGUUAAUGAUGCAGAGGUGAAGACGGAAGAAGAGGAAUAUUUGAACCUCGUCAGAAAGGGCAACGUGCUCCACUACAUGAUGCAGGCCUUUUUGAAGAAGAUUCAGAAGGAGAUGGGGGCUGCAUACAGGCGUGACGAAGAUGUGAAGACCGAAAUGGUGGCCCUCUUCUUCAGCCGGGCAGAUCUAAAAACAAAUUGCACCAAAAUGAUGGAUUAUGUAAACUACUGCUACGAGCGUUUCCUAAGUGUAAAGGGAGUGAGGCCCACCACAGACAUUAUACAUUUCUGCGUAGCCAUAUCGAUGACGGUGUACCUGAUGGAAAACAUGCUAGAAGAAGAAGAGGUGACAGAAAUAAGGAAAAAAGUUGCCCACAUGGAGCAGGCAAAUUGGAAGAGAAAGAACAUGAAGUGGCACAAAAACUUUAAAAUCCAUCUAAACGCAUUGCUAAAUCAUAAGUUCGAAAAUAAUUUUUACCAUGUAGAUAAUUACAUCAUGUAUAUGUGUAGCCACUUUUUACGGGUCAGAAAGGAUCGAACAGGGGGAGAAAAAGUUGUUUCCCUUUUUAAGAAGUGGACAGAAAUGUUUUCAAAUUCAUUUGUAAAUUUUUACUGCCAAAUGUACUCGACGUUGAAUGAAAAAACGCAAUUAUUUUUUUUCCCAUUUUUUGAAUGUCUUCACAAAUGCGUACUAAGGACGGUACUUCAGAUCAGAAAUGGGAUCCGUCACUUUGUAAAAAGUGGGAACCUUCAGGACGGGCUUAUACAAAAAAUGAACUGUUCGAACAAAUUCGCUCACAGGAUAAAGUCGAGGCAUUUUAUUUACUUUUAUUUUCACUGCUUCAUUAAUUAUGUUAAUACCUAUUACAGAAGUUAUCGGAAGGAAAGGAAGAGAGGUCUCUUCGCCAACGAUGGAGGAGCGUGUCCCCCAGUUUACAUAGCGAAGGAGAUUGCAUUGAUAAACUCCAUGAGCAACCUUAAAUUGAACAGACUGUUUUGCUAUUCCGUGUACUGCUUUUUGGAAAAUUUCUCCUACAAUGACCUCUUCUACAGAUAUGAGCAUCUUCUAAACAUUAAAAAUAGGAUGGUCCUUAGAAGUAAUUCUGAGGACAUACAUAUGGUGAAGUACCUCGAUUAUAUUACGGGCAAAGUUAUAAGGGGGAAGAUGGAUUACUUUGUUGUUAUGCGCGAUUAUGUGUUUGGAUCGAUUAGCGCAGAAUGUAACGGAGAUUCACUAAAAGUUGCAGAGCCCCCCGCAAAGGCCUCACUUAGACCACUGCCCGCCGCAAGGAAACGCCUCCUCACCCAGGAAGACCCAAAACUGGCGAAGCGGCAGUACCUCUUUGAGGCGUUUCUUAAGUGGAAUUUGAGCUACCAAUACUUUGAAAGUUACAGCCACUUUGUAAGGUCCAAGUACGUUGCAGAUUGUCAACCCCCUACCGAAUGCGGGGCCGCCUCCAAAUCGACAGCGAAGAAACAGCGCCGCCUCUGGCUGCUAACGAACAAGUUCCUAAUGCAUAUAGAGAAGGUACUCUUCCAAAUGGCCAAGUAUAGAAAAACAUCCCGAGAGAAUGAUGAGGACAUUUUCAGUUACUACCUGUUUGUAUACCUAUUCACUUUUGACAACCUGUGCAACUUCAAGAGCGAUUCUGUGUACGUGAAAAUUAUCUUCCUCAUUGACGCUUUGAAAUACGCAUUUAAGUGGGACAAAUAUGUCAAGCAGAAUUGCAGGUUGAUGAAAUUUUUACAAAAGGCAAAAAGGGCAGCUGAUCGGAGCGAAUUGCAUGCUCCUCAUGGGGACAUCCAAAUGGGUAGCAACUUCCACGAAAAUGAGAACUCCCCUCUGAACGACCUUAACAGAGUGAAGGAAAAAAUGAGAUGGUGGGGAAAAUCCACCAGCAAAAAACAGAUGACUAUGGUGACCCCCUCAAUGGAAUACUUCCCCAACGGGUGGGUAAAAAACGUUUUCGAAGUUGUAAAUAAUAUAUAUAUAAGUCAUUUUGUGAAAUCGGUGAAUCUGGGCAGAUAUUAUUACGCCAUGCUGAAUCGCCCCCUCAGCGGUGCAGAAGAAGAGGGUAGGAGAGUAAGUCCUUUGUACAGCUUCCAUUUUAAUGGGGAAGAGGGAAAAAACGUGAACGUGGAUGUAGACGUUGACGUAGACGUGAACGACGAUGUAGAGAAUCUUCUUAUACAAACAAAGUCCUUCUCAUACGCUUUAAAAGUUUUACCAAGUGACGAUCCCAAGGUAGCACAAAUUGAGAAAUUAAUUUUGGACAGUUUAUCUACCAAAAAGGAUGUGAUAAAUUUGGAUGUAUUUACAUCGACGGAAGGAUUACAACCCAUGGGGGAUUACCAAAAUGAAGAAGGCAACGAACAGGAUGGACCCAGAUACCUACCCCGAAAUGAAGACAACUCAGAUGGAAAAGGAAAUCAACUGUUAUUUCACUAUCAGUUUAUCAUUUUUAAUAUAAACUUGAAGUACCUACAUAACGCAUUUGUCUACUUUUUAAACACAUACAUGUGGUUGAAGUGGGAGCAGCUGUACGAUCACAUGGAGGCGAGCUGCCCAGGGGAAGGUUCCCACAGGACCACAAGUGACACUAUAGAGCGCGUGAAAGAGGACAUAAAACGAAUGUACAAUUACCUACGCGGAAUGGAAAAAAGCAUAUUUGUGCAGGAAGAAAAAAUCGAGGUGCUCGGCUUGCUGAAGGAGAAGUAUGGCAGGUUGGAAUGGGCCCAGCAGCAGGGACGACAAAGCGGUACGAAAGAUGCCCCCCCAAAUGUUACCCCUGAGGGGGAGUCAGCCCCCUUCGAGUUGCAGGUGACCUUCUCCAUAAUGGAAGAAUUGAUCAACCUACUUUACUGCUUCCUAAUGAAUGUGUAUCUGAUGAGGGACAAAAGUUACGACUACGCAAAGGAGGAUGUUAAUCGCGUAGAAUUUGGCCACAAUGAAGAUGAGGUGGAUUAUUCACGUGGCUUUUUUAGCGAAGAGUGGGGAGCAUAUCAGGGCGAGUCCCAACCAAAUUGCCCGAAUAUGCAUCACCCGGGUUUGUCCCCCUCAUGGGGUAUUAACAACACGAUUGGGCCUACCACCGAUGCUUCUGCUCAGGAUAUAAUGAAGCAAAGCAACGUAACUUACGAAGGGUACACCCUAUUUAAGGACAUCUACCUGAACAAAUGCUUCGACCAGACAAGCACAUUCCGGCUGUAUCCAUACGUGUGUUCGUCGUUGGUGAACAAAACGGUGAUAUUCGAUUCAGUGGUGAGCGUAUAUCAGGAGCUGAGAAGAAAGAAGGUUACCCUGUUUUAUUUAAACAUGAGCAAUAUUAUCUUUCGCAGCUUGAAAAGGAGUUAUCAGGACUAUGUGGAAAGGGCUGCACCUGAUGUGGUGGUUCCAACUGAUGCCUCUCCCGGAGAAGAAUCCUUUUGGACUAGCAAAAGAUUACUGAACAGCAGAGGGCAAAGCAGCACGCGUUACUAUUUCGCGUUCCACGCAAUGACCAUACUUUUUAACAUCCUAAACAGUGAAGCGUUAAAAGGGGAAGAAGCGAAGAGGGACAGAAUGCUGCUGCACGUUCUUGAACUUUUCCGCUUUAUCAUAGAUGGGAAAGGGAAGAAGGCAUCCCCCGAAAUGUUACUGCACUUGUUGGAGAUACACAAAUGUAUACGCAGAAUCAGUGUUAAAGUUCGUCAGGUUGAGAAAAUCCAAAAGUACGUCUUUGCAGUGCUGUUUAUUCUGUUUAAAUUUAUUUUAAGAAAUUUGCAGAGCCACAAUGGAGGAGGUGAAAAGGGAUCCCCACUGAGCGAUAGCAAAGUAGUGCUUAGAUCACAUGAUUCUCCUAUCGGGGGUAGCCUACAGCAGAGGCAUCCCUCAACGGGUGAUUGCUUGCCUGCAGAAUGUACCAUAAAGCACUCAGAAGAAUGCAUAAACGGAGGAUGCGCAGCAUAUGAACACAUUGAAGAGAUUACAGAUGAACCAAGUAAAAACAGUGAAGAGUUGUACAGCUGGAUGCACCACCUCCUGGGGAAGGCGAACAAGGAGGUGAGACAAAUGCUGUAUCUGCUCUUCCCGGAUCAUGUCAUCGCAGUAGAUUUGACGGAAAAGUACCAAGAGGAAGAGUUCCUUUUUUCCCUGGGUUGUCUCUACAUUUCGCACUACUUUUUAAACGUUAUUUGCUCCCAAGUGAGGAAAGAAAUUAAAAACAUUUUCAAACAGAUGGAGGUGCAAGAUUACCUGAACAAGACAGUUGCAUUGUUGAAGGAGGAAAUUUACAUGGGUGCCCAGCAUAACAUGUAUACGGAGAAAGUGAACCCAUUUGCUCAGGUGUCCUAUGGUGAUUUCAUCAAAAUGAGGAGGAAGAAACAGUUGAAGGGGUACAUAAAAAAUAUGAAAACGAAUUUGCCGCUACUACCGAAUGUUUUACAGAAUAUAAAAAAAGGAAAGAAAAAAAAAUUGGAAACUCUUUUAUCCAAAUGUGAAAGGAACAACAACCCAUGUGGGUAUUUCAUCGCAGGGUACAUAAGUAAAAACAGUGCAAACAACAUCCACACAUUGUACUUAGAAUUAAAAAAUGAAUACAAGGAAUUUAUAAAGAAUUUGCUACCUCUGGAGAGUAUAGAAAAUAAUGUUCUCUUAUCCCUGAUCAAUUCGGACGAGUUAAUUAACCCUUCGCUUGUAAACACGUGUCUCAAUUUUGCGCACCACGUGAGGGACAAGUACAGUUUGGUGUCAAAGUUUGCACAGGCCAUCACGCAUUCUGUGAGUGUGCUAAUACAUGCAGUGCACCAGAUUAAUUUCGCUAUAUUGAGGAAUAAACAAAUCGGAGAAAGUGGAAAAAUGGAAAGAAGAACAACCCCACGGGGCAUUCUCCAACUUGACCAAAAAGGAAACAAGAAGAAUGAUUUAUACAGGUGUAUUAAAUUCCCGCUCAAUUUUAACAAAAUUUUAAAGCUAAAAAAAAAUUGCUAUGAAAGCCAAAUUAACGAUUUGGAAUACCUCCACUUCGUCACGAAGAUGCUAAAAAAACCGAAGAAUAUUUCCACACAAUUUGACGUGGCAUCGUUGCUCCCUCUUCUAAAACGGAUGUGUAGGCAAGUUGUCAUUUUUAAUGAAAAGGACGAAACUGACAACAUGAACGAAUUUCUGAAAAUUGAUCAGUUCAAAAGUAGGACCGCCAAGGAGAUGCACCAAAGUUUGGUCGACAGGGAGUUUAUAGAGAAGAACAUCGAGAUGGAGUUGGACAGUGUGUUCUACUCGCCAGAAUACUUUUCGACCCAAGCGGGGGUCACAUCGGUUGGACAUGGUACUACGGGAGUUGCAAGGGAGGAGGAGGACAGCGAAGGGGAAGACACCAAAGAGGAGCGUAUCGAAGAGGCAAAUCAGGAACGUGGCAAACGUGACGCCGAACAAGUAGAAACGGAAAAGCCAAACGAACCGCUCUUCAACAAAAUUGUCUACAAAAUGGCAAAGUUAUUCAAGGGGGGGAAGUACAAAUACACCAACGGGAAGAAAACCCCACGAAGUGAAAUUGAAAGAACGAAAAAAAGCGUAAGGCACACGCUGGAUAUGCUCAUAAGAUUGAACUACGGGGAGGAGUAUAUUCGGAAGGAUCCAAACUGUGGGGAGAAAAAAAAAAGCGUCGUUACGUCUACACACAGAAGGGAGGAACAAAACGGAUGCACAUUCCUGCUCAGGAAGAAGAAUGAAGAAAAGAGGCUGCUCCUUUUUACACUUAACAUGUUGACCCAAUUUAACGACUUGACAAAAUAUAAUGGCAACAAAUUUGCAAUUUUUAAAAAAAAAAUAGCAGAGUGUUUGCAAAACUGUAGGAACAAAAACCACGUAUAUAUAAAUAACUAUGUUAACCUGCUCGACGAUAACUUCAUGGAGUGUAUUUUCAGCGCGCUGAACGACUUGUGCUUUUUGCUAAUCAAUUUGAGGAAGGAGUUUAUACCCAUUUAUAAUGAAAGUGCAAAUAUCAAUGUGCUCAGCAUACUAAAUAGCAUUAAUAGCAUAUUAAGUUUCUCCAUUAACAACAUUGAAAAUGAGAUAGAGAAAAUAAUUCACAAACUGGAAUAUUUGGUUAGUCUAAUCCUCUCUCUGAAGAAUGACAAUUAUGUAAGUUUUGAUGAGGUCACCAUGAGGAGGCUCAAACAGAUCAUGCAGAACAGCGCACCUGAGGAUUUGCUAAUCUAUACCGUUUAUUUCAGACUCUACAAACUGAGCAGCGUAAAAACUAUUCGGAAAAAUCUAAAUAGGAAAAUUGUGAAAAAGCGGACUCUGAGUUUGUUCUCCUAUAUGUUUUACCUUUGCUAUGAUGAUGCGCAAGGGGGGGAGUUCAGCAGUAGUGCCAACGGGGUGAAUAUGAACCGGGGAAAUACCAAUAAUUGUGAGAAUGACCCCCACUUGGACAACCUUGCCAAGGUAAAAAUUGUGAAGACAUUCGAAACGCUGGUCAUUUUUUUGAGGGACUCGAUGGUGGGCGAAUUCCCAGCGCGGCUAAACCUGAUAGAUUUUAUCGCCCAUUUGUUUAGAAAUUCGGAAAAGCAAAGCGAAAGGAUAAUGAGUAAUGUGUUUUCAAAUGUGUAUAGCUACAUGCGAAUAUAUUUGCCACUUAUAAAAAAACGAAUUGAAGAUUCUAAGAAAUAUUUUGACAUCCAACUGAGGAAGGAGUUAGAAAAAAUGAACUUUGACUUGGUGGACCUGGAGGCUUACAAGUGGUCAAUCAUGAAGUUGAAGAGGAAAAUUGCCUACUUUACCAAGUUGUAUUUCCAGCAGAUCAGCGUCACCGUGGAUAAGCUCAUCGUGCAGAAUGGACCCUCCUUUGGGGUGGAAUCGAAACGGGGAAAUAAUUCAAACGGUGCAAGUACCAGUUUUACGCAAAACGGCAUGGACACCUUGGCAGAUCAACGCGAAGACGAGGUGACGUCCGAUGUGCACAACUCAAGCGGUUCGUCAUCUCCUGAAGAGGAGCAGCAGAAUGGAGCCACGGUCGAUUCGUCCGAAGAGGAUGAAAAGAAAUCAAUUCGUCAUAACGACGCUGCUGAUGAACGGGAGGAGAACAACACUACCCCUGCGGGGGAAAAGCAGAACCGGUUCCACGACCAACUGAACGAAUUGAAAGAAUCCCUAAGUAGAUUGAGAAAAAAAGUAAAAACAAAAAAAACCUUGGACCAGUUUUUAACCAACAUGGAUCUUCACAACAGCUUUGAAGAUAUCUCCAGAAAUUACGUCGCAGAGGUGAAGAACAUAUUAAAUGUGCAGUGUAAAGAUGCUGGAAUAAAUCAGAAGAAGAGGUGGAUCUACAUACUGAAGCAUUUCCUGAGCAAAAAAUUAAACAUCCCUCCUUUGAAAAAUUUUGACAAUUUUAAUUUUUUUUCGAGCGUUUUUCAAAAUGACGUACAAUUUUGUGACAGUACUAGGGGUAGUUUAUUUGGCCUGGAAUAUCGCUGCGCUGACGACAUUUUGAUGGAGCUGAAAAAUUGCCUAACGUAUAUGAUCGAGCAGGAUGACACGUUAAACGAUGAUAUAAAAACUAAUCAUAUGAAGCGAGCGAAUGAGGAGGUGCUCCUCAUGGGAGAGCAAUUACAGAAAGACGUAAAGAAAAACAGACUAUACACUCUCCACUUUUUAGACGAAAUAAACGACAUUGUAAAUCAUAGUGAAGAAAAGAACGCAGAAAUUUUGCAUUUGACAAUUUAUAUAAGAUCCCUAAAUAUGCAUGAAGACAUGGCAAAUGAUGAAACCUUGUACUACCUUUUUAAUUCCAUCAUUUGCGAAUACUUUAAUUUGAGAAAGGAGGUCAACAUUUUUUACCGCCAUUUUGUUCGCUACUACCUACUCGUGACAACACUUUUAUGUGAAAAGAGAUACGGACUGGAUUAUAUUCUUGUCGACUUUGCCACUUUUGAGAACUUUUUGGAAAAAUGUAACCUCGUGAAGGGUGCACUACUGCAGGUUCUAACCGUCCGUUUCGGUGCAACAACGUGUAAGGUGGACCGACAGAGGGGUAGGAAUUUCUUCAGAAGCGCACUCAAAUGCGUUUACAAAAUGGCAUACAUCACGCACAGCUCAAACGAAUUCAGAAUGUUUAACUACUUUAGAAAUGUAUACACUUCCACCUGGGGUGGUAGCGGUUUAGAAGAAUUGGGUUCCACCCUUCCCAACGUGAAACUCAGAAUGAACGUCAAUUUUUUGGAGUGCCUAAACACGUGCGUAAAUUUUUUGAGAGACAACUUGAGUGAAAUUUCUGCCCUGAAUGUGGCUCCCUAUUUUAAGGAUAAGAUUCACGCACAAGUGGUCAAAUUAGUUGAUCUCUUUUACCAGAUGAAAGGUGGUUCGCCGGGGGUUGCAUCCCAUUGUAAUGGGGGGAUGAUAUCCCCCUGUGAACAGGACCCGAAGCAGUAUUGCUAUAAUUCCCCACAUGAAGACCAAGUAGAAAAACUGAACGACCAAAUGUGCCGGUUCAUAAGCAACGUUGUGCAGAAAAAAUCUAUCAUAUAUAUUAGGGACUACCCAGAUUUUCAAAAUGAAAAAAAUGUGAAUGAAAUGUACUGCAUGAAGGAAAUCGUCAGAAUGUACUUGACGUUGCAAAGUAAUUAUGGUAUACUUAUAGGAAGCGAAAAGGAUAGCAAGUCAAUUAAAGUAUUUCACUAUCUGAAUAAAAAUUUGUUCUACUUUACCAAGUGCGUCCUUCUAUAUAUUCUCGAUAUAUUCCUGGGCUUCUCAAACGUGUCUCUUUACUUCCUAAAAGUGUUGAAAAUUUUAUACACGAAGGGACUCUGUAGGGAAGCCGCAAACGGAAAGGACGCUAUGAAAGAGGCAAAGGAAGAAGAGGACGUUUUCCACAAGGUGGAUUUCCUACAAGGAAUAGGAUUAGGAGAAGGAAAAGGAAUUAAAAAUAUUUCCAACCAAGUGGAUAAUGAAGACUUAGAUAACAUUUACAAUGAGGACGAAAAUAAUUUCAGCCAAGAUGAAAACGACUUCAAUGAAGAAGCUAUUGAGGCGACCUACAAUUUUGAAAAAUUCUGUGAGAAGGAACUACCCGGAGGUGAGGAGCACGGCGGGGAGGAAAACUCCACCAAGUUAGAAAACGAACAGAAUAAUUUAGACAUGGAAAGGAAGGAACAAAGCAAGGAGGAACAGAAUAAUAUUAAUAAUAAGAACAAUGAAGCGAACAAAACGGAUGGUGAAAAAAAUGAGGGAGGAGAUCCAGAAGCCGACGCACAGCACCCUAUCGAUGAUGUCCUCGAAAAGAAUAAUAGCAACCAGUGGGAUGUAAGUGAGCGCAGCGCCGCGUUGAAGGAUGCAUUGAAGGGGGACGACCAGGAGGAAGCCAACAACGAAAAGGAAGCUGGUAGCGAAACGGCAGAUAACCCAGAUAGGGAAGCGGAAAAACCCGAACAACCUAUAGAGGGUAACCGAACGGACGAGCCCUCCAGCGGAGCCCCCAACGAUCAGAAAACGGUCAAUGUAGAGAAUGAUGAAGGGGACACGAAUGAAUUUCCAAAGGGAGAACAAAAUGACAGUUGUGAUUUAACCAACGAGCAACAAGCUGGUAAUCAGAGCACAGAUAACCUGGAUGGCCUAAUGGGUGAAGAAAGUAAAAUGCCAUAUGGAGAGAACGACGAAAUGAACAACGAAUUUGACUUUAACUUGGACUCCAAUUUUGAAAUAGAAUCGAGCGACUUUUCCAGAAGCUGCAGCGAAAGGUCCUUUGGCAGCAGGGAGGAAAACUUCGACGCACACUCGGAUGAGGAGAUGGGAAAGGAAGACCAAGCAGGUGCUACGAAAAGGGAAGAACGGGACGCGUGCCUAAGGGAUGAACGUGAAUUUAGCGAACAGGAUCCAGGCGAAGUUGACAUUCACCACGAAGUAGAAGAGUUGGAUGGGGAUGCUUCCCACGAGGAGGAGGCCGCAGAACAAUCGGAUGACGCGUAUGACGGGGAUCGAUCAGAGACGGACCAGGUGGACCAAUUCGAUACGGAUAAGCAUACGAAUGAUAGAACAGGAAAGGGGUUUAAGAGCGGUCAGGUAGAGCCGGAGGAGGGGAAUGCGGACCCCGCUGAAGAAGAAAGGGAGAGCGCGGACGGCUUGGAUGGCGCAGAGGACAGGAACGACGGGACGCUUUCCCCGGAUGAUGAAAAAGCGGAUGAUCAGAAUGGGGACCAAUCUGGUGACCAAAUGGACGACCAACCUGUGGCCGAACCGGGUGAAGAGCCAAUCGCAGAAGCCUGCAAAGAAACGGAUAACCCCGCUGAGGCACAAAGCCGCAAUGAUCCCGUUGAGGAGUCAGAAGGGGGGGCAGCCGAGGAUGAUACACACAAUAACGAUGUGCAAGGCGAAAGAAAGCCAACUAGGCCAGGUGAAGAGCACAACGAACGUAGGGAAAAAUUUGGGGAGACUGCCAAAGGGGACAUUACCUCAGAGGAAGAACUUCAGAAUGAGUACCAAGAUAAGUACAAAGGUGAAAGAAUGAGGAACGCAGCCCCAACGGGGCAUAUCGACUCGGAGAAGGACCACCAGCAGAUGGACAAUACUACACACAAUUGGGGUGACGCAGGAAUUAGUAACGAACAGGAGUUCCACAAAUGGGACGAUGCAGAAGCGGACGCUACAAAUAGGCAAAACGAAAGGGAGGGAAGUAGCCGCCCAGGGAAGAGCGACCAGAAAGACAACAACGAUGAUGAAGGGACCGAUGCGAACGAUAUUUCAUUUUCAAUUGACAAGUGCAACAUAUAUACAAAAAAUUUUGUCGACAUAAGUAACUUUAUCGAAAAAAUAAAUGAGCGGUUGCUGAACAUGAAUAGGGAGAAGGAUUCGGCGGAGAAUGAGAAGACGAGGGAAGAUUCCCAAACGGUGAAAGAAAAUUUUAACAUAAAGAAAGAGGAACAUCGUAAAAGCAAGGAUGAAGAAAACAUGUGCGAAGAGAUGGCCAUGGAUUUUGUCACCACAGGGGAAGUGCAGUCCGUGGAAGGGAUGAGCGAAAGGGACGCCGAGAAGGUGAAGCAAAAUGAGAAGAAAGAGGACACCCACGAAGGAAAUGAAGAAAAAAGUAAAUAUUCGAACGAGGCAAAUUCGAAGAGGGCUCCGCGUGAGAGGAAAGACAUGCUCGAUGUGAAGAGCAGAGGAGACGACUCCGAGGAGGAAGAUAGAGCAGACCAAUUGGAAGAGGAAUUUGCUGACCAAAGGAGCGACUUCCCCUCGAUGGACAGCGGGUCAACCGACAAUGCUAGGGAGGAGGUUGCCAGAAACCCGUACGAAACAACCUUCCAGGAGGAGGCUAACAACGAUGUAGAAGUCGCCGAAAGGGAAAGUAUCCAUUAUUCGGAGGAAAAUUUACAAGCGCACAAAAAGGAGGAAAAAGAAAACGCAAAAAGGGAUGAAAACUAUUAUAAGGUUCAUCAAAAUGAAAAGGCGCUGGAAAGGGAGUACGCAGAAGACGAGGAUGGGGAAAACGCUAACAAUAAGGUGAACCCUGCAGAGGGAGCAACGGAAAUGGCCCUGAUUAACGACCACAUAACCGCAGAGUAUGAAGAAAUAUACGACCAAAUAAACAACGAAACGGAGGUGAUGUCCAGUCAGCUGUGUGAGCAAUUAAAAAUAAUCCUCGAACCAACUGUGCGGAAUAAAUACCAAGGAGAUUACAAGUCGGGCAAAAAAUUAAAUAUAAAAAAAUUAGUAAACUAUUUUGCCAGCGAUUUCCGAAACAAUAAAAUAUGGAAAAGACGAACCAAAUUGAACAAACGAGAUUACAACAUCGUCAUCGCAAUUGAUAAUACAAAAAGUAUGCAAAUAAAUAACAUACAAAAAAUAACAUUAAAUGCUAUAUUUUUAGUGGCCAGAGCGUUUGAAAAAUUACAAGUGGGAAGAAUUGGCAUAUGUUCCUUUGGGGAAAAUGAUAACGGAAUUCAUGCAAACAAUGUUGUAUGUUCCAUGAAAAAUAGUCUUAAUAAACAGGACUUUUUAAAAAUUCUAAACCAUUUCCAAUUUAAUCAUGACACGAAGAAUUCUUUCGACAAUGCCAUGUUGAAUGCGCUCAAAAUUUGCAGUUACAUCCUUAAGAAUACGCAUAGUUGUACCACACAAAAUGGAGGGAAAAAUGUAGUGAACCAUUUAAUGCUCAUAAUCAGCGAUGGCAGAUUUAACAAGAGUACUGUCAGAGGGGAGAUUUUCAAAUGCAUACAAAAUAACUUCAUCCCCGUGUUGAUGAUUAUUGAUACGCAGCUUUCCAAUAAUAAGGCACAGUCCAUUUUCAAUUUGAAACAAACGUUUUACAAAGAUAAUAAACUGCAUAUAGUUCCCUACCUGCACGACUUCCCCUUUCCGUACUUUGUCGUCGUCAAUGACGUAAAUGAGAUUCCCACGCUCAUGUGUGAUAUUAUAAGGCAAUGGUUUCAGACGCUUAACAAUAGGUAG